AUGGCUAGAGUACUCGGAGGAGCUACUUUUGGAAUUGCUAGAGGUGUUGCUAUUGGAACCACUAGAGGCAUGACUAGAACUAUUGUUAUUGCUAGAGGAUUUGAACAACUUGAUGGAUUGUUGAACAUCUUUCUAAUGCUAUGGAAUGACUAUGGUUUAGAGGGAAAUUGUUCAUAUGAUGAAGAAGGUGCCAUAAAGAAAUUUUCUCAUAAGGAUGCCUUUCCCUUUAGUAGUGGGUAA